UCUCUCACUUUUUAAGGAGUCCCUCGAUUUAAAUUAGGGAGUAGGUUUUUGCUGAAUAAUAAUACUUUCAUAAUAAUUUCUUCAAAUAUAUGUACAUAUAUUACAUAAAACAUUAAAAUUAAAUUAAAUAUUACGAUCUGUUUACAUGUGGCCAAAUCUAUUUUGUGUUUGGGUUGAAUCCUAAAUAACUCUCUAGCUAGUGGCCCUACAUGGGAACGUUUGCGAUGAUUACUUUAUAGACUAGGUAGUGCACAAAGAUAAGGGAGGUUGUAGAUAUUCGGGAUUGGGCCCGUGUUUUCUUCGCGGCUUUGCUUUUAGCUAAGUUGCUAAAUACUUUCCGAGGUGGACCGCUAACGUUCUGGGUUAGCUAGCUAAGAUCUCAACGUAUACUUUUACAUGGAAUAUUUUAUACAUUUUAUUGUUUUUUUAAUGGUAGGGGUUGAAUGGUUAAACGGUUCAAUAUCUGUAUGUCAUGUUUAAGUGAUGAUGCGUUGAGAAUUAAAAGAGAAGAAGAAGUAGAAGAAGAAACAAUGAAAAGAAUUUUAAACUGAAUUGAUUUAGAAAGGAGCGCGCGACCGACCGGGAGAUUUUUUUUUUAUCCAGUUAGCUAGCAGGCUAGUUGAGAAACUAGCCUAGCUAGUUAGCUAGGUUGUUUUGUUUUACGUGAAUACAUUGUUGAUUUUAUUUGCUGUCAGGGUGUGAGUUUGUUUUAUUUUCGUCCUGUAUUUUAUCAUCUCGAUGGCGCCGCAGAAAUACACGGGUCAGGUGGUGAGCGCUUCUGCGGGCGGCAGGACGAGUGGAGCGGUGUGUGUCUCCGCCGUCAACUCGGUGAAAAAGCCCAAAAUGGAGCAGAUCCAGGCCGACCACGAGCUCUUCCUGCAGGCCUUCGAGAAGCCUACGCAAAUAUACAGAUUUCUGCGCACGAGGAACCUAAUUGCUCCGAUUCUGCUACACAGAUGUCUCACGUUCAUGUCCCACAGAAACACUCGAACAAACACCAACAGGAAAGCUUUUAAAGUGGAUAACCUGCUGGCAAAGGUCGAGAAGAUGAAAGGUGAUCAGGAGUCACACAGUUUAUCAUCACACCUGCAGCUCACCUUUACUGGAUUCUUUUAUAAAAACGAUAAGCCAUGUCAAAACUCAGAAAACGAGCAAAACUCGGUUUCUCUCGAGGUGCUACUUGUCAAAGUCUGCCAUAAAAAGCGAAAGGAUGUCAGCUGCCCCAUAAAGCAAGUGCCUACAGGGAAGAAGCAGGUGCCUUUGAACCCGGAUGUGAAGCAGACGAAGCCGGCGUCGUUCCCCACGCUACUCGUGUCCAGCACCGAGUUCGAGCCCAGCAACAGCCACAUGGUGAAGUCCUACUCACUGCUGUUCCGAGUGUCCCGGCCUGGAAAAACACACUCCAGCGCUUACGUCAACGGAGAGACGGAUGAGAACAUGGAUGUGAAGGAGGACCUAUCGAGCAGGAAGAAAAGGGGCGUGUCUCACCGCGAUGACGAGGGAAACGCCACGGAGACGUUCGUCGCACAGAUGACCGUGUUUGAUAAGAACAGGCGUCUGCAGCUGCUGGAUGGUGAAUACGAAGUGUCGAUGCAGCAGAUAGAAGACUGUCCUGUCAGUAAGAAAAGAGCCACCUGGGAAACCAUCCUGGAUGGAAAGAGGUUGCCUCCGUUUGAAACGUUCUCUCAGGGACCAACUCUACAGUUCACACUACGCUGGACCGGUGACCCAAACGACCCCUCGACGGCUCCUGUAGCUAAACCGCUGUCCACACGCAACUCUGACACCAGCGGCCCUGAAAUUCGCACCCCCACCCUCAGAUCUGCCCCUGCGGUAGUGAAAGACUUGGUGAACAGCAGCAGUACAGGCGGAGGUGGAGGUUGUGGAGGUGGAGGUGGUGUUCAGACGAGGAGAGAGCAGACCAUCUCUGAGCCCAGACAGAAGCUCCGCAUUUUCUAUCAGUUUCUGUACAACAAUAACACGCGACAGCAGACAGAGGCCCGCGACGACCUGCACUGUCCCUGGUGCACGCUGAACUGCCAGAAGCUCUACAGCCUCCUCAAGCACCUCAAACUCUCACACAGCCGCUUCAUCUUCAACUAUGUGCCUCAUCCCAAAGGGGCGAGGAUAGACGUGUCCAUAAACGAGUGUUAUGACGGCUCGUACGUAGGGAAUCCUCAGGACAUCCACAGCCAGCCAGGAUUCGCCUUCAGCCGCAAUGGCCCCGUCAAGAGGACCGCCGUCACACACAUCCUCGUCUGCAGGCCCAAGCGCACGAAGCCAAGCCUCUCUGAAUUCCUGGAGUCGGAGGACGGCGAGCCAGAGCAGCAGAGGACGUACGUGAGCGGACACAACCGCCUGUACUUCCACAGCGACAGUUGCAUGCCGCUGCGCCCUCAGGAAAUGGACGUGGACAGUGAAGAUGAGAGAGACCCCGAGUGGCUGAGAGAGAAAACUUCCACACAAAUUGAAGAGUUUACAGACGUCAACGAAGGAGAAAAGGAGGUGAUGAAGCUGUGGAACCUCCAUGUCAUGAAGCACGGGUUUAUAGCAGAUAACCAGAUGAACCAGGCCAUCAUGCUGUUUGUGGAGAACUGUGGUCCUCACAUCGCACACAGGAACCUGUGGCGCAACUUCCUGCUUCACCUGGUCAGCAUGCACGACUUCAACCUGGUCACCACGGCGACCAUCGACCGGGCCCUGACGCGGCUACGGGAGAUCCAGGCCGAGCUGCCCAAGCCGGAGGAGAGUGCCUGUAAUGGCCAUGCCGUCUCAUCGGGGUUCUCCCUGCAUGGCAAGCGCACCAAGAGUGGCGUCACUGACUGAACGCUGAACGCCUUCAGAUCUCCGAAAAUCAGCUCUAGAUCUAGAUCUAGACCUAAAGAGUCGUAGGAUUCACACACCGCCUGCUGCUAGGAAUCAUCACAACUUUGACUAGGGAUGGGAUUUCUAGAAUUAAAACAUCUAGAAAUAAAUGUUUUAUAACUAAAACAUUUUGGGCCAUUCCAAAAAAAAAAAUCAAUCUUUGAAUGAUUUAAGAAAUCAUAGAAACAGUUGGGUCUUGGGGUUUUUUUUGUGUUGUUUUUUUUUUUGUAUUUUGCUUUUUUAGAGUUCACUGAAAUUUCUGCAGCUCUAGGUAAAGGUGCAGCCUUCUCAGCCAGUCACACAAGACCAGCUCAUAUUCUGGGAUUUGAAAGUGGAAUUUCUUAUCUGAUUCCAGAAAACGCUUAAACUUUUGUUUUUUGAAAUAGAAUUCAUAAGCUUUGAGAACUUAAGGGUUGAAAAUUUGAGGCCAGCGCUUGAAAAGACUGGAGGUUGUAUUUUUGUGAUUCUAGAAAAGUGCUGAAACUAUUUGGUUUUCUGGACCUAACUGAAGCUGAUGAUCUCUUAACAGCUGGUUAAAAUUCAGUGUUACAUUCUGAAAAUUAGCGCAGCCCUAGGGUUUGAGAAAUCACUUCUGAAAUUUCCAGAAAAGAUUUUUUAUUUCCAGAAAGUGUUUUUUUUACUUCUAAAUUUAAAACAUUUAGAAAUAAAAGUUUUAGAGUUGAAGCUAAAAUUAUUCAGUCAAUCAAGCAAAUUCCGCAAUAUUCUGAGGAGCUUGCAGUUUUUCAAAAUUACAACAGAUUUUCUGCAGAUUUGGGCUGAGACGUGUCACGUGACGUCUUCACAACAUCUUCGAUUCACGUACGUCGAACAUGAGUACAGUUAAAAGGUCUCAUUUACCAAGAAACAUCACUCUGAAAGAGUGUGCAAAGAAAAGCACGAAAACUCCGCAAAUUGCAUCGCGGAUUUGGAAAAAAGCCGCAGUAAAAUCAAGCGUUUUUUGCCGCAACAAUCACAAAACAUCUGUACGGGCUGAUUAUAGUCUAAGACUAGCUGCUGACCUUCUAAAAACUAAAAAUAAUCCAUCAGUUUUCUGUGCAAUUCUAGAAAGCAUUCUUUUAUUUUUGUUUUGUUUUUUCUCCAGAUUUGAACAGAAAAACAUACCAUUUUCUGUACCAUUUCCUUCCACCCAACUUCUAGAAUGCUUUACAAUUUAAUUUUCUUUUUCGUUAGAAUGAUUUUCUUAAAGGUGGAGAAUCUUCCAGCGCUCACAGACAACAUGCAGCCAGGCAGCUUGAGAUUUCACUAGGACGUCAAUUUCUCCUCAAUUCUAUGAAGGGUUUCUUUCUGGUAUUCUAGGAAAAAAAAUAAAAGUUAGAUGAUUGACAGCACAGCGGCGGAGAACAUCGUGUGUGCAGCCCUGAACGACUCUUAUUUGUUUGUCUAGAGUUUACAAACAAAUUGUACAGUUCUGAUCCAGAGCCGAGUUGAUUUUAGAGAAGAUUUCGUAACAAAAUGACGUUUUAGACUGAAACACCAGUUUUAAGGACUGAAGCAGUUUUUUGCGCCUUUUUUUGUUUUGUUUGUUUUUUUGUAUCACACACACAACACUGAGACUCAGUUUUUGUUUGUUUGGGUUUUGUUUAGUUUGUUUUCUCUAUGCGUUUGUCUCCAGAUUCCUUUCUGUCGUUAUAAUUAACUCUAGAAAGGACAAUCUGACAGUCCUGGUUAUUUUUUGAAUGUUUUUUUUUUUUUUUUUUUUUUUACAGUCCGUUAGCAAUUCACUUGUUUAGUGUUUUUUUUUUUCUCUUGAUGCAGAAAAUAUCUUUUUAUUAUUAUUUUUAUUACGAUGUCCUCUCUGAGUGCGGCACGUUGCCUCUUCCGUCUCAGCAUUAUUAAUUAAUUACUUAAUUAAUCAGCAAUAUGAUCCGAGCUCUCGUUUGUAUUUUUGCCUUUACUGUUGGUUAAAGGUGCACGAGGAACAAAAUCCCAAAAUUGGACUGCUUUUAGAAAUGAACAAGUGGAUGGAUGGAUGAAAAGAGGGCCGGAGCAUCAUGACGUCGUCCCUCGGGUUAUUUUUUUUCUCACAAACAACCGAACACAAGGCUAGAAUAGUUUGAUAAUCUGAUUAUCAGGAUGUUAAGCUCAAUUCCGGUGAAUAAGUGUGUCGUACUUUAUAAAAUGCCAAAGCACUCAGUUUUGUUUUGUUUUCCCCUUCACUCAGUAUACAGUGUAUAUUUCAAAUUGUAAACAAAAAAUUUCAUAGGUUUCCCUGUAACGUGGAAAUAUGACAAAUUAAAAAUGUUUUAAAUGGAAACUAAGUGUUUGGUCACGUCGUGUUUUACGAAGUUCGGUGUGUUGAUGAAUUGUUUGUUUAUUUCACAGAUGGAAAAAACCCUCAGGUAACGUCAGAAUCAAGAAUUUCAUCGUCGCUGGAAAGUUAAUUUGUAAACAAAUAUAUAUCACCUCGGAUUUAAAUACAAAUCACUUAAAUUCAUGAAAGUAGGAGACGUGAAAGGAUUAUUUUAAAAAUUUAAAAAUACAUAAAUUACAGAAAAAUAUAAUAAAUGAACAUGAAAUAAUGUCUAAUCCAGAGUUUCUCAACCUUUUGUAACUAAAGCCUCCCCAAUCAUGUGGCACGCCGCCCCAACCCCCAUAUUGAAGGAAACCAGGUAUAAUUAAGCAUUUUUUAUAUAUACCUAAUCUAUAAUCUGUUUUGAUGGGUGGAUGGAUAGAUAGAUCUUUUUUGUUUGUUUUUGUACUUUUUUUAAAUUACUUUUCAUAACUUAUAUGAUUUUUUUACAAAUAACUUUUAUAAAAUUAUAUAAUGGACAGGUAUGGAACAUGAAUGAUCAAAAAUGUUUCUGAACACUAUAACUACUUUGAACAAGAGAACUAGGCUGUAAUAAUGUGAACUAUUUUACAUGUAAAACGUUGCAUUCCAUUCCUCUUGUGUUCUAAAAACAUUCACAUAUGAAUGAUAUAAAUUGGGAUGAAGGGCAGCACGUUCGCCUCACGCCUCCAGGGUCCGGGGUUCGAUUCCCGCCGGGGCCAUGUGUGUUUGCAUGUUCUCCCCUUGCUGCGGGGGUUUCCUCCCCCAGUCCAAAGACAUGCAUGGUAGGCUGAUUGGCGUGUCUAAAGUGUCCGUAGUGUAUGAAUGUGAGUGGGUAUGUGAUUGUGCCCUGCGAUGGACUGGCACCCUGUCCAGGGUGUACCCCGCCUUGUGCCCGAUGCUCAUUGGGAUAGGCUCCAGGUUCCCCCGCGACCCUGAAGAAGGAGUAAGCGGUAGAAGAUGGAUGGAUGGAUGGAUGGGAUGAAGGGCGGGUCUCGUUAUCCAGGUCAUUAUUAAAUCUCCGGCUCUCAGACACUCACUGAACAGAGCAGACGCAGAGAGAGGUGUGAGUGCAGCGGGAAAGCACGACCUUGCGCUUGCAGGACAGUACUGGCCACAUUUGGGAAGUCGCUAAGGGUUGUCCAAAAAGUCACUAGAUCUGACCCCCCCCGUUAAAAUAUGUACCGUUAAAAUAUCGCGGGCUACGUCACGAACGUCCUAACGUCAUCGCUCAGCCGGGUUGUGAUUGGUCAAUACGACGUCAACCUCUCCGGCGCGAACGCGCUAGCAUUACAAAACACAAGAUAAUUUCGCUACUAGGUAAUACGUUUAUUUUAAUUUCUCAAGGCAGGAUAAGAAGAAUUUAGUCACACGAUUAUUAAAUAUGUUGUUAUGUUAUGGUAAAUUAAGACACGAAAUUAGGCUUAGAUGCUAAUA